AUAACUUCUAGAAUUCUGAAUUGCUAGAACUGUUUUAAAUACAAACUGCCGAGAUCACACAUUACAGACAAAGGACUACAUGCCAUCAAUUCACAGAAAAAUGCCACGCGUGCUAUCCAAUGUGUGGAGGCAUUUCACACCUGUGACGGUAGACAGAAAAUCUUUGUUCAUGUGCAAAUAUUGUGCCAAGAAAUAUGUUAAGAAUGCUACGAAAAUGCAGAAUCAUAUUUUGCAAUGCUCCAAAUGUCCAAAGGCAACAACAAAUGCAGCAGGUGAAAAUUCAUCUAUUGCAUCAGAUUCUUCUGAUACCGUUUCAUCGGUUCCUGGACCCUCAGGCCUCAGAAGGUACUUUGACUUCAUGGAUGAGCAAAGUCAGAGAAAUGCUGAUGAAUGUUUAGCUCGAGCGAUCUAUGCAACAUCCUCACCUCUGAUGUUGUCUGCCAAUGUCUACUGGAAGAGAUUUUUUAAUGUAAUCUGACCAGCAUUCACUCCCCCAACCAGACAUGCACUAUCCACUCAUUUGCUGGAUGAAGAGUACAACAGAGUGCAAAUAAAGGUUAAACAAACCAUCGACAAUGCAGACUGCAUUUCCAUCAUCUCUGAUGGAUGGUCAAAUAUUCGGGGACAAGGAAUUAUAAACUACAUUGUCACCACCCCUCAACCCGUGUUCUACAAGAGCACAGACACAAAGGACAACCGACACACAGGUGCCUACAUUGCGGAUGAGCUGAAAGCAGUCAUUAAUGACCUUGGAGCAGAGAAGGUGUUUGCACUGGUUACUGACAAUGCAGCAAAUAUGAAGGCGGCCUGGGCACACGUCGAGGAAACAUACCCCCAUAUAAUGCCAAUUGGAUGUGCUGCACACACACUUAACAAUCUCCUUAAGGACAUCAUGGCACUGAAAACGAUGGACACACUACACAAGAGGGCAAAGCAAGUUGUCAAGUAUGUGAAGGGCAAACAAGUAGCUUCUGCAAUAUACCUCUCAAAACAAAAAGAAAAAAACAAGAGUACCACACUGAAGCUCCCAAGCCCCACAUGCUGGGCUGGGGUUGUCAUCAUGUAUGACAGUCUACUGGAGGGAAAGGAGUCCCUCCAAGAGAUGGCCAUAUCCCCAACAGUAGCCAUUGAAUCUGAGAUCAAGAAAAUUCUUUUGGAUGAUGUUUUUUGGGAGAGACUGACCAGCAGUCUGACUAUCCUCAAACCAAUAGCUGCCGCAAUCACAAAAAUUGAGGCUGAUGAUGCCCUACUAUCAGAUGUUCAGUGUCUUUUUGCUGGAAUUAAACAAGCGAUCCUGACAGCUCUGCCCACUUCACUACUACUAAGAACAGAAGAAACGGCAGCAGUGAAAUUAUUGGAGAAACGCCAGGAGUUCUGCGUGAAGCCAGUGCAUGCAGCAGCAUACAUGCUGGACCCAAAAUACGGCCAAAGCAUGCUGUCUGGAGAGGAGAUUAACAGUGCCUACAGUGUCUUCACUGCCUUAGCUAACCACCUGAGUCUUGAUGCAGGUAAAGUUCUUGGUAGUUUGGCAAAAUACCGCACAAAACAAGGCCUUUGGCAAGGAGAUGGGAUCUGGCAGUCAAGCAAACAUAUUUCUCCAUCCACCUGGUGGAAGGGGCUUUGUGGAUCUGAGGCCCUUGCAACAAUAGCCUCUGUCCUUCUCCAAAUCCCUCCAACUUCAGCUGCCUCUGAGUGCAACUGGUCACUAUUUGGGAACACACACUCAAAAAUUCGGAACAGGCUCACCAAUGAAAGAGUGGCGAAAUUAGUGGCCAUACGAGCAAACCUCAGGCUCUUUGAGCCUGACACAGAGCCAUCCUCAACAAGACUGGACACAGAUACAGAUACUGAAGUAGAAGAGGAUUCAGAUAUUGAGGAAGUAAACACUGAGGAUAUUGAGGUUCAGGAAGAAGCUUGAAAGAAUUUGGAAAAAUGGAGAACAUGCAAAAAUAAGGCUUGAGAAACUUUGUGUAAAUGCAUUGAUAUGCAAGACUUUAUUUGACAUUCAAGACUUUUUUUUUCGAAGGGGAAAACAUUUUUCAUUUUACAUUUUGAAUUUGAGUUUUUGAGUCAGAAAGAGAGUUACGUUCUGUCUGUUCUGUCCCAUAAGUGGGAGCUGUAAGCAACAUAUUGGC